AGGCGCUCUGGCGGCUAGGCGUUUGGCGCUGGCCUGCUUCCUCUCUGCCCCUCGCUCCGCUCUCUCGUUGCUCCGGUUCGGACAUGGCGCUGUCUGUGGGCGAGGGGGCUGCGGGCGGCGGCGGGAGCCGUCUGAGGCGGCAGCUGGAGUCCGGCAGCUACGCGGCGGAGGAGUACGUGAAGCAGCUGUCUCAGCAGUCGGACGGCGACCGGGACUUGCAGGAGCACCGGCAGCGCAUCCAGGCGCUGAGCGAGGAGACGGCGCAGAGCCUCAAGCGCAACGUCUACCAGAACUACCGGCAGUUCAUCGAGACGGCGCGCGAGAUCAGCUACCUGGAGAGCGAGAUGUACCAGCUGAGCCACAUCCUCACCGAGCAGAAGGGCAUCAUGGAGGCCGUCACGCAGGCCCUCCUGCAGCAGGCCAGCGCCGCCGACCGAGACGACCCGACCCUGGGGGGCGCCCGGCGGGCCGCCGCCGACCCCCACACCAACCCCUUCCUGGCCCUCUCGGCCAAAGACAACGCUGCCAGCGACGAGGGCCGCCAGCGCACCCUCACCACCCUCCUGGAGAAGGUGGAGGGCUGCCGCGACCUGCUGCCGGAGAGCCCCGGCAAGUACUUGGUCUACAACGGGGACCUCGUGGAGUAUGAUGCCGACCACAUGGUGCAGGUCCAGAGGGUACACGCCUUCCUCAUGAACGACUGCCUGCUCGUGGCGGCGUGGCUCCCCAACCGGCGUGGCGCGUACCGGUACGAUGCCCUUUACCCGCUGGAUGGGCUGGCGGUGGUCAACGUCAAGGACAACCCGCCCAUGAAGGACAUGUUCAAGCUGCUCAUGUUCCCCGAGAGCCGUAUCUUCCAAGCGGAGAACGCCAAGAUCAAGAAAGAGUGGCUGGAAGUCUUGGAGGAGACCAAGAGGAAUCGGGUCCUCAGUGAGAAGCGGCGGCUGGAGCAGGAGGCCCCAGUGCGGGCCCCUCCCCCCUCCCCUCCAGAAGCCACCAAUCCUUUUGAGGAGGAGGAUGAAGAGGAGGCAACACCAGAAGAAGAAGUGGUGGAUUUGUCCCUAGAAUGGAUUCAGGAGCUGCCUGAGGAUCUGGAUGUCUGCAUCGCUCAGAGAGACUUUGAAGGGGCAGUUGAUUUGCUAGAUAAACUGAAUGAGUACCUGGGAGAUAAGCCUGUGACCCAGCCAGUCAGGGAACUACGAACAAAAGUGGACGAAAGAGUCCGACAGCUCACGGAUGUGCUUGUGUUUGAACUUUCUCCAGAUAGGUCUCUACGGGGUGGGCCUAGAGCUACCCGCCGAGCUGUUUCUCAGCUCAUCCGCUUGGGUCAAUCAACCAAAGCAUGUGAACUUUUCUUGAGGAACAGGGAAGCUGCAGUACACACAGCCAUCCGCCAGUUGCGCAUUGAAGGUGCCACUCUGCUGUAUAUUCACAAGCUCUGCCAUGUCUUCUUCACCAGCCUGUUAGAGACUGCAAGGGAGUUCGAGACAGACUUUGCAGGCAACAGUGGAUGUUAUUCUGCCUUUGUUGUCUGGGCCCGAUCUGCUAUGAGGAUGUUUGUGGAUGCAUUUAGCAAGCAGGUGUUUGACAGUAAGGAGAGCUUAUCCACUGCUGCCGAGUGUGUGAAGGUAUGAGGAAAAUAUAGACCCAAAUGUGGGUGUAUUAUGCUGUCACACAUGCACUGGAUGACCACAAUUUCAUUCUUAUAACUACUUCAGUUUUCCAGAUAAUGUCAUAGAAUAUAGGGCAAGGAGGAAACCAGUGAGUCAUUUAGUCCAAUUCCCAGUCCUGAAACAGGGUGUUCUGUUUUGUAAAGAAGCUGUGUAAAUAAUUUAUUGCAGUAGCUGCAUUGAUUAUCCUGUACUCCACAUUCCCCAUCACUUGGAGCCUCUCUCCCUUUUCAACUCUCUUAUAAUGUUAGAGUGCUUUUUGCUUAAUUCUAAAGGAGAGCAACACAAGCAUUUCUUGCUCUUCCAGCGUAAAGGAGCCCUUCCACUUUAAGAUUAGGAACAAAAGAAAGGGCGAGUCGUGUGGCAUGACUUUACAGAUUUUGUCUAUCUGAUCAAAGUAUAUUUUUGCUAUAUUUGGGCAUUGAGACCUUCCGGAGUUGUUACUUGUUUUUCAGGAAAAGGCAGUCUGUACUGGAUAUCCAAGGUGCCUCCUUCCUACAGCCAGCAAAAACAGUGAGGAGUGUAGGUGCCCACACCCGCUUCCUGCCCUAAUCAUGUGGCAGUCCCAAAUACACUAGGAGCAGUAGUGGGCAGGCUGCUGUGGGGGAUUAAAGGAGGGGGAAAACCAUGUAUGCCACCUUGAGCUCCUUAGAGAAAAAGGUGGAACAGAGAUGCAGUAAAUAAAUACCGUAUUUUUUGCUCUAUAAGACUCACUUUUUCCCUCCUAAAAAGUAAGGGGAAAUGUGUGUGCGUCUUAUGGAGCGAAUGCAGGCUGCGCAGCUAUCACAGAAGCCAGAACAGCAAGAGGGAUUGCUGCUUUCACUGCGCAGCGAUCCCUCUUGCUGUUCUGGCUUCUGAGAUUCAGAAUUUUUUUUUCUUGUUUUCCUCCUCCAAAAACUAGGUACGUCUUGUGGUCUGGUGCGUCUUAUAGAGCGAAAAAUACGGUAAAUGUGUUCUGAGCAAUUACUUUUACCCAAGUUUGAAGAAGUUUGCCUGGACAGAAUUGCUCCGCAACCUGCUCCUCCAGUGAGCUGCCCUGAUUAGUGGGAAAAGGUGAUCUCAUGUCUUUGCUUUAUCUAGGUGAAGGAGACGGUUGUGGCUGAUCCUAUCCUGCCAGGAAAGAGACAGCCUGGAUAACCUUGUGUUACCUGCUGCUCUGUCCAAUGUGAUAUAGCAAGGGUAGUGAACCUGUUGUCCAGGGUCUGCUUGUGACCUCCAGGUGUCUCUGGACUCUCUUUAAGCCAUAUCCCUUUUGCAGGCCAUACUCCUUACCUGCUCUGCUCCACAUCCUCCUUAAAUGCUUUUGCCUGGUAGAAAUGUAUUACAGUGGAUGCUCAGGUCGCGAACAUGAUCCAUGCGGGAGGCACGUUUGCAACCUGCAGUGUUUGCAACCCGCAGUGCCACGUCUGUGCACACGCAGGUCACGCUUCUGUGCAUGUGCAAAGCACUGGAACUCAGAAGUAACCCGUUCCGGUACUUCCGAGUUCGGCGUGGUGUGCAGUCCGAAAACACACAACCUGAAGUAUCUGUAACCCAAGGUAUGACUGUAUUGACAAUGCCUCCUGCUUGCCUGGAUGGAGAGAUGUGUAGAAUCGCCAAGUUUUGUGUUGUUGGGUUGCAGCUUACUAUACAAAAGUAAGGGUCACAGCCAUUGCUCGGGCCCUUUUGUCUCUUGCCAUGCACAUCACUGGCAUAUGACACUCCCCAAAAGGUUCUUCACAAGGGGAUGCAACCCUCUGGAUAACAAAUGUUUCCCACUCUGGGAUACAGACUGCCUAUUUCUGAGGGCCAGAAUGGUAAGGAUUAAUGCUGGGUCAUAUCUUCUCCAUAAUGUAUAUAGUGUUAGAAACUCGGAUAGAAAAUCUAGGAGCCAAAUGCCUUCUGGGACCUGGAUUGUGGGCACCAAAACAGAAUGUCUAGUUGCCACUGGGCGGGGGGCGGUCAGCAACACUUUUUAUUUAAUAUUUUGAUAACCAUGAAUUAAUACACAAUUCACAUAAGUGACACAUUGUUAAUAUCACAUUUUUAGCAGAAAUGACAUGUUUAAUUUGGUGUUUACAAUAAAAAUAUUGGUACUAUACUUCAGUUUUCAAAACACUCUACUCUUUAUUGUUAAACUCCUUAACAUAUUGUCUAUCUUUAACAUAUACUUUGAGGCUUCAAAGCACAUAUAUUUCAGUAAUCCUCGAGUGUCAGUCAGGCGCAAAAAAUGACACCCUGACUUUUUGAGGUGCUCUCAGAUGGAGAAUCUUUAAGGUACAAAAUGUGCCUGGCGCCCUGCUCAUUUCGAACCCUGAAUGUAUGUCGUGUUUUUCGUGCUGUUCAUAAUGGGGUGAUAGUUAUCUUAUCUUUUAGAGUGUCUCUGUUGUGCAACUGCUUAAAGGUGUAGUAAAAUUAAUCAUGUAACUUGUUAUUGAAGGUGGCAAAGGAACACUGCAAGCAGCUCAGUGAGAUUGGCUUGGAUCUGACCUUCAUCAUUCAUACCCUGCUAGUGAAGGAUAUCAAAGGGGCCUUGCAGAGCUACAAAGAUAUCAUAAUGGAGGCUACAAAACAUCGUAACUCUGAAGAGAUGUGGAGGAGAAUGAACUUGAUGACCCCUGAAGCUUUAGGAAAACUUAGAGAGGAGAUGAAGAGCUGUGGUGUGACCAAUUUUGAUCAGUACACUGGUGAUGACUGCUGGGUAAAUCUUAGCUAUACUGUUGUGGCUUUCACCAAACAGACCAUGACCUUCUUGGAGGAAGCUCUCAAACUGUACUUCCCAGAGCUGCAUAUGGUUCUGCUGGAAAGUCUGGUGGAGAUAAUCCUUGUGGCCAUCCAGCAUGUUGAUUACAGCUUACGCUGUGAACAGGACCCUGAGAAGAAAGCAUUCAUCAGGCAGAAUGCAUCUUUCCUUCAUGAAAUUGUCCUUCCUGUUGUGGAGAAGAGGUUUGAGGAAGGAGUAGGGAAACCAGCUAAGCAGCUGCAAGAUCUGAGGAAUACUUCGAAACCGGUGCGUGUUAAUCCUGAAAGUACUACCUCUGUAGUGUGAAAUGUAUUCUCUCAUUCUUUUAGUAUAACAUGUCAUGUAUACAUGUGCACAUUUUCAAACAUACAUUAACAUUCCCUUUAACUAAUUAUGCCCUGGGGGGGAAAAAGACGAGACAAAGGGAGAAGAAUUCAAGCAAGUACUUUAGUAGACGAGCCACAUCUAGUAUAUUUUCCUCAAAGGUCUGGUUGUGGCAUUUAGAUAAAGGAGCUCAUCUAGUGUCAAAGUGUGUUUUGGUCCAAAGGCUAAUGAACUAUUUAAAUAUAAUUAGUAUGAUCAAGAAUAGCUUCUGAUAAGUAUUUUACAGAAGUAUAAAUGAUGAGAUACACCUAGUGCUUCUAUUAUAUUGACCUUCAGAAAGAGAAGAAUCAGUUUGAGAAACAAAAAGCAAAUUUGCAUAAUUCCCUCUUUGAUAACUUGAAAAAAAAGUUGGAAAAACUACAGCAAAUGCUUCUUUUCAAAAAUUUGUGGCUUAAAAUUCCUCUGAAAAUUAAAACUUGGCAGGAGCAUGGAAUUCACAGUCUUAAGUGUAGCAGUUCCUGUGUGCAUUACUGAUUCUUGAUAAUGAUAAAUCUAUAAACAUGAAUGAUGGCAGUCAAAUACAAAUGCUGUCAAAGUCAAAUCCUGUCUCAUUUGCGGCAGGUGAGAAUUGGAUUGAAUGUGCAGUUGCUACACGGACUGUUGUUCCACUUGGGGAUUGUUUUUUGCAGUUUUGUCACAGCUCCUUGGCAGCCAUAGGGCCAAAUCUGUUAUUUAGAUUUCAAAAAAAACCACCACCCAAACCUGCAUUGUUAAAUUAGCUGUGGGAAGUGCUGUGUCAAAAACAUGCACACAAUCCCAUUAUGGCCCUCUAUACAUUUUGUGGGGAGGGGGGGCUUGCCACCAGACGUGUUAAUUGAGGGAAAGGUAUAUCAUCGAAUCUAGGUUGAUAACUGCUUAUGUAAUCAACAAGAAUAAUGACUUGAAAACAAAUAAAACAGAGAAUAGUUUUACAUGUUGCCAAAUCAGCCUGAUAAAGGGAACCACUGGAGAAUUCAUGAUGUGAAAAACUACCCAUUUGUGAUCAAGUGAUGAAGGGUGCAACAGGGGUGAGAAGUGACCUUGUAUAAAUAGCAAGGAACUUUGAGUUACCAUAAGUGAAAAUUGGGGUUUGGGAGUAGAGGCACGUGCGCAGUAGACAAUGAAAACCUGUAGGAACUAUAACCAAGGCCUAUUCCUAGCAGGCUCAUCUGUAGCUCUGCACACAGUAUGAUUGUGUAUAAUGUAGGUAGAGGGUUUUAGGUUUUUAUUCUUUUCAAGCAUAGGUAGGUGUUAUGUCUGCAAAUUUAAUACUGCCUAACAUAUUGUGAAAUCCCCACCAUGUUGUACACUGGGAUUGCAUAAUUGACACUGAACCAUAGUUAAUGACACUAGGGGACAUUUUUCCAUGGACUCUAAGAAGAAACAGCUAAUGUUCUUUAAAAAGGUGUAAAAUAAAACGUCUGGAUUGUAUGCUAAAAAGUAUUAAAGGCCUUAAUUCACAAUUGUGGCCUUUGGAGAUCUGUUCCCUUUGGUCUUGAGAACUGGUUUCACCAUAAAAAUGAUAAAGGAAGCAUAAUUGUGAGAGUACAGAUAGUUGGCCCCAGGAAAAAAAAGUAAUAUGAAAAAAUUACUUCCUUGCCCAGCAUUGUAGAAAUGUUUGGUCCAAAUAGUUGCUUGAUAUGAUGCAGCUCUGUGCCCUUCAGAUAUUUUAGACUGUAGCUCCCAUCAGCCUCAGCCAGCAUGGCCAUGGUGGCCAGAACAGAUGUGAGUUUAGUCCAAAACAUCUUGAGGGCAUCUGGUUGGAGAAGGGUGGUGCAAUGCAUAGUGUUGUGGGGCAAGUCACAUCUUGCAAAUAAUUAAUUUUGCCUCUCGCUGACAGUGGCUGGAUGGCAACGGGGCUCAGCUGAGUGUGACACACGUAGUGCAAUUCAUCUUCCUUUGAUCUCUAAAAGAGUGUGGUGUAGAAGAUGCUUAGUGUGGGGGUGUGAAAUACGUGGCCCUCUGGAAGUUGUUGAACUACAACUCCCACAAUCCAUUGUUCAUGCUGGCUGGGCCUGAUGUGAUUUGGGAGUCCAACAUCAUCUGGAGGGCCACACAUUUCCCAUCCCUGCUUGAACAUAUUGUCUAAUAUGCAUUCAUGGUAUAUGGGCAGUUAUGCCAAAGGAUAGUCGGUAUAAUUAUUUGCUCUCUCUUUCUGUGUGUGUGACACACAAAACAGCUUUGCAAUCUCCAGUCAUUGUAUGUAUGUUUUUUUUAAAAAUACACACAAGAAAAUCCCCCUCAGGACUGUUCAUCCAGCAGACUGAAGAAGCUGCCAUUUAAUUAACAGAGAAACUCCUCAUUGGGUGUUCAGUAGACUGCUGAAGAGGGGCCCACUGAACUAUGUUUCUAGAGCAAUUCUGGGUUUCUGACAAAUAACAAAUAGUCCUGGUGCUUAGUAACUUACGAUUCUGUUUGUAUCAUGCCUGUGAAUGUAUGGAGGCCAAAUUAUUUAUGAAUGAGAAUAAUGCCUAAACAUGCAGACUGUAUUUGUAUAUUAACACAAAUGACUGGAUUAAAAAAGUGUGCCCUAACAAUCUUUCAAAUUGUGUUUUGUCUUCUUAAGCCACUGUAUGUGUAUGAACAAUGAGCAUUAGACUCUGAGGUAAGAAGGCUAGAAAAAGACCUCUGCUUGGGACCUUGGAGAACUACUCCAGUCAUAGUAGACUGUAAUGGUCUAGGUGGAGCAAUGGUAUGUCUCAAGACAAGGCAGCUUCAUACAUAACAAAGUAGUUAAUGUUUAUUUGUUUGCUGUGUUUUCAUCCCACUUUUCAGGUAAUUAAGUGUCUCUCAAAGCACCUCUCAUCAAGAGAGACAGAAAGAGAAGCUGGCCGUAGCUUACAUGCCUCAUCUAGCUUACAAACUUAAAAGAGACACAAGGAUGGGGAAAGGCAGAAAGAGGGAUAUCAGUUCUUCAAGGCCAGACCAAAGUUUUGAACCGCAAGCAUUCAUAUGCAUUGGGGCCAGGUUCAAUCUAAUGUUCAUGGUGUUCUUGCUUGAAUAGCAAUUGAUGGAUCUUGCUCCUCUGGCUGAUGGAUGGGGCCAGAGUGCCCUUUCCUCUUGCUUUUGCAUACCACAGUCAUUCAUCAGUGGGAGCACAGUGUUCUUUCUGGCAGGGAGAGGGAAGAAAGUCACCUGCAGCUGCUCUGUCUUUGGCCAGUAGGACCAGGUUGGUUUCCCUCUUGCCACAAUGGUCUUCCUUUGCUGAUGACAGAGGUCAGAACUCUGCAACCUUGUGUCAAGUAAGCCCUGAUAUGGAGUAUUGAGCACAUGAAUGUGUGUGUUUUAGUAUUUGGUAAGAAAGCAAGGUCAUCCAAGUGUGCCUUAGUUAUUAAACAAAACCGAUAUUAAAAAAAUUGUGCAGAGUUACACCAAUUACCCUAGUUCCUGAUCUGCUCCAGUGAUCAAUGGUAUGCCACAUUAACACCAUUUGUGCUAUGACUUCCAUGCUAUAAUUAGGAGUGGGGGAAAUGGCAUGGGAUUCUGCAUAUUACACAGCCUACUGCCCAUGCUCUCUCCAUGCAUGUUUGCUGUGUGGAGACACGAGAUGACAUGAAUAGAAUUUUGGUUCACAAAGGGCAAUGAUCCUAUGAAAGUUUCUAUUCCUUUUGUAAAGCUAUGUUUACUAAUUGCAAUCAGACAUAAUGGCUAAAUAGAGCCUCCGGGAUCAGAAGCAGUAUGCCCCUGAAUAGUUGAUGCUGGGGAUGAACUUAAGAAUGGCAUUGUGGUCUUCAGGACCAUGUGCAACUGAGCAUAAUACACUUCCUUUUAGGCCCUUACUUUCCUCAUAUCUUUACACACUCAACAGCUGUAGAUAAGCUCUCCUGUCAAAUGCCUGCUUGCUUAAUGCAUCCACAGAUGUUCUCAUAGCAGGUUGUUCCUGUAUGUGAGUGUCCAAAGACUGAAUUGGAGAUAGACUGCUCAUCUAGACUUUGGUGUGACUCAGCUUGCAAAUCCUUAUGUUCUUAAAUUAUUAUUAUUACAGUGGUACCUCGGGUUAAGUACUUAACUCGUUCCAGAGGGCCGUUCUUAACCUGAAACUGUUCUUAACCUGAAGCACCACUUUAGCUAAUGGGGCCUCCUGCUGCUGCUGUGCCAUCGGAGCACGAUUUCUGUUCUCAUUCUGAAGCAAAGUUCUUAACCCAAGGUACUAUUUCUGGGUUAGCGGAGUCUGUAACCUGAAGCGUAUGUAACCUGAAGCGUAUGUAAACCGAGGUACCACUGUAUAUAUUUAUAACCCGCCUUUUCCACUGACAAGAAGUCAAAGUAGCUUACAGAUAAAAAUAAGAACAGUAACAAUGAAGAAGUCAUUUUAAAAGAACUAAACAUUGAUAGAAUUAAAAUUAUAGACAGACAGACAAUACAAAUACAGUGAUACCUGUACUUAUGUUCACCUCCAGUUACGUAUCCUUUGGGAUACGUGUGCGGCAAACCAGGAAGUAUUUUUCCGGGUUGCGCCAUGUGCGCAUGUACAGAAGCACUAAACCGUGCUGCACGCAUGCACAGAAAUGGCACCUCGGGAUCCGACUGGAGCUCUGGAACAGAUCCCGUGUGAAACCGGAGGUACCACUGUACAAUAAAACAGCCCGGCACCAGUCCUUUCAUUAAAAGCAGUCAGUUUCCUAAAGCCUGAUGGAGCAAUAAAGUCUGAAACACAGCGAGGAGGGAGCCAGUCCAGCUUAUACAGGGAGGGAGUUCACCAAGAAUGUCUUCUCUUGCAUCCCUAUCAAGCAUCCCUGUGAGGGUGGCAGAACCACAAGAAGGGCCUCCCCUGAAGUUCUCAAAGCCUGGGCAGGUUUGUAUAAGCCUGGAAUAUGAUCUUUCAGAUAGCUUGAAUCUAAGCCAGGGGUCAGCAAUUUUUUUCAGCAGGGGGCCAGUUCACUGUUCCUCAGACCUUGUGGGGGGCCGGGCAAAAAAGCCCCAGCACCAACAUCAUUCAAUAAGCUGGAGGCCAGAAACCUUCAUUAUUGCAAUAUUCACUUGAUAAUGAGGGCAGCCAUAUUGUGUGCACCCAAGUUCUUCUUGUUGGACUAUAUUAAUUGUAUUUAUGUUUCUCAUUGAAGCUUGAAAUAACACAUUAAGUGCUUAUAGAAGUAGUUCUAUAACCUCCAGAUGAAUGAAAUUAGCUGUGUCUACCAUUUACAUGCCCGUCACUUAUUCAUUUAUUUGAUCAGUAUAAUUGCUUAGAGGAGCAGUUAAUUGGAAAGUGCCAUGUAUUUGCCUUCUCUGAGGAGAGAUGGUUAUUGAGUGUUUUGCUGCAGGGCAUUAAUUCUAAUAUUUCUGACGGUUUUGGAAUAAAGGCGGGGAGCUUCAUCCCUGAGUU